CGUACAUCGAGUAGUCUGGCGUUAGCCGCGUAUCGCAAUAUACGCUAUUCGGCAGGAACCAGGACGGGAAUCGUGCGUGUGCCGUGACACGCGUGCCCGUUCGAUUAUUCUACCCAGUGAUCCGCCAAAAGUUCCCGCGAGACGAGCAACCGCGAAUCGUGCGACGUUACGCGAUCAUGCACGGUCCACGACCAACGACCCUCGAAUACAAAUCGAAAUCGUUCCUCUCUUAACGAUCUUGGUAUCGAUAUCUCGAACCAGUGCGAUUAGUUCCGCUGUAUCAGUGAACUUCUGGAAUCCCAGACUUCCGGUAAACGAUAGGCCAACGUACGAUCGAGGCUGUGCACGCGUCGUAUAUCCCUACGAGUUCGAUGCAUCAUCCGUACGUUCUGACGUACAGAGUGCAGUGCACCGUGAAAGUAGAUGGUGGUUCGUGAAGAUCGGUGAAAGUGACGAGAGUGGAAGGGCUCUCGACGCUCUUCGUGAAUCGAUAUCGAUUUUCAUUCGACGCGAAACGAGUUGCAACGUAGUUCCCGAGGAUUCUCUCGAUCGUAGCAGAGUUCGGGGAAAAUAAUUAUCCAGGCUUCCCCGUUCACGGUGGAUCAUCGUAGGCGUUGCUUGACAAACGCGAAAUAUGUCAAGCUAACGUCAGUCGUUGGUCGAUGCCCCUUGCCAAUCGAGGAGCAGAGGCGGCCAAGAAUCCGCGGGAAAAUAAGUCCGAGGGGUCAGUUUGGUGGUGCCUAGGGACGGAACACCGCCGCGAAAGAAUAGGCUCUCUUUUCUACGACGAGGAAAUCGCCGAAUUGGCCGACUACCAGCCACGGGGACGAAGAAGAGCUCCCACGGAAUCCUCGCAGGCAUCCCGCACGUAAAAAUAAACCGUGGCUCUCGGGCCGACGCCGGCGGCGGGUUCGACGAAAACUUUUUAACGAGCACGCGAUGAAAACGACGCGCGACCGUCGGCAGGAGAAAUUGCCGCGAGAAUAACGUUCGACCAUUCGAUCGAACCGAAAUUCUACUCGAUAGGAAGCUUCAAGAUUAAACAAAAGUAUUCUUCUGUAAAUUAGAUAUGAACCACCCAAUUGUACAGAACAUAAAAUCAACAAAAUUGCCGUAGAUUUUGCAGCCACGAUAAUGUGAUUGAUUGCAACCGUGAUGAGAUGAAUUAUGGCGAGAAAGGAACAGCGUACGUGUCGAGUGACGCCACGGCGGACGCCAGGAAGUCGCGAGCGAACGAUUUAACACAAAAGACCAUGGUCCUCGUCGUUGGGAUGCCAAGUUUCUAAUCCGACCGUUCGAAAAGAAGAUUCUAAAAUCUCUAGCCAGAGAUCGUACGAUCUGUCGAGGACUAUCGAGGAUCCGGUGAGCUCAAAGCGAGAACGAUGUCCUUUUGCAGAAUAACGGGGCGUAGCAGGGGCCUGCCCAAGCCGAACUAUUUCCCUCUUCUGCCGCCCAUCAGUCCAGCGGACGCGAAACGCUUCUGUCGUAUCACUGGAAAGUCCUACGGUCUGCCCACCCACCACUACAUUCCAGUCCUCCUGGGCGUGCACACCCACGACAAGUCGAAAUGCAAGAUCACGAACGCCUCUGGUCUGGGACCGCAUCACUACACGGCUGGCUUCGUCCUGGGCGAGAAGAAGAAGCACGUCAUCCUCAAGGACUACCGCUAUGUGUUCCCGAUCCUUGAGGGCGAGGGUGAGCAGCAGAAAACCUUACGAAAUCUGCUCAGCGCGAAGCAACCGCCGCCGGAGGAGGAGGAGGCAAGAUUCGUUUACACGGUCGAAGAGCGACGAUGCAGCCUGGUGUUCCCCUCCAGGCUGGAAGCAGCGGUCAGAGACGGAGACGUCAAGGACGUGAUGCUCUCCAGGGACUGCGACACCGUGCUCUUCAGGCUGAAACAGGGGAAGAACGUGUCCGUGGACUUUAAGAACCUGGAGGACUUCGAGAACCUCUACGACGGGCUAGGACCGCGAGACGACGUGCUGAAGGAGCGAGAGAAACAGGAGGCAGAGGCCAAGAAACGGAAGAGGAAGAGGCAGGCAGGAUUGAACUACGCCAAGAGGAUCUUCGAGGAGAAGGAGAAGGCUGCCGACGAGGAGGAGCUCAAGAGGACCAAACAACUGAGGCUGAGGAGCGUCAAGGAGGAGACCGUGGAGGAGAAGGUCGAGAACUGGAAGCACGUGAACCUGGAGCAGGCUAGGAUCAGAGCCUGCGACCUGAUCUCCGCGACGAGCUCCCUCAAGGACACGGCCAGGUCUCUGCCGCAGACUCUGGACUGGAACACGUUCCAGGAUGCAGCCAAGAAAUCCCCGUUGCAUCCUGUCGUGGACAAAUUGCCAAAUCCCAUCACCGCGGAGCCUAGAUUGGUCGAACAGGGUGCCACGUACGCUUGCACCAGUCCCAUUUCAGAGAGCACCGGAGGAUUCGAGGCGAUCUCGAUCGUGAAGCCAUUGACGCCGUUAAAAAUAGAACCCGACGCUGCUCUUCAAUCAGCGAUACAGAGUAUUCCGUCCAGCGACCGUAGGAGAGUCUCCAACGUGAACGUGAAGCUUCUGCAGGCCGGCGAGGAGGCCCUGGACCAGCUACCGCGCGUAGAUGAAAUCCCAGAGCUGGUGCAGAAAAUUAACGAGGGUAAAGAGACUACUGUUCACAGGAUCAAAGGUCUCAAGCUGGACAUAAAGUCUGCCCAGCGAUUCGUCACUGGUCAGACGGUGCAGACACCAACGGGGCCUGUUUUCGUGCCUGGCCAGACCCUGCAGACGCCUCAGGGGCCCACCUUCGUCCCUGGUCUGACCGUCAACACCCCGGACGGUCCCAUCCUCGUUCCAGGACAGAUCUUCAACGUCAAAGACACGCCUGUCUUCGUGGCUGGACAGACCCUGCCAACGGAGAAGGGUAGCCAGUUUCUUCAGGGUCAGACUUUCCACACGAACGACGGAGCCAGGUUCGUGCAAGGUCAAACCGUCCUGACGGAGGAGGGUCCCAAGUUCGUGGCAGGUCAAACGGCCGAGGAUGGAAGCUUCGUUCCCGGUCAGACUAUAGUUACUCCCGAUGGACCGAGGUUCAUGCCGGGUCAAACGGUCACCGAUCAUCGCGGAGAACAGGUCUACGUGCCUGGACAGAGCGUGCAGAUCGGAGAAUCCUGGGAGUUCGUGCCUGGACAAUGUAUAGAGUCCACCACUGGGGAGACCAGGUUCGUUCCUGGCCAGACCAUCCCCACUCCCCAAGGUCCACAGUUCGUUCCUGGUCAAUACGUUACCACGAACUCUGGAGAAGGUCGUUUCGUGCCUGGUGUGGCCAAAGACACCGAAGAAGGGACGAUGUUCGUCCCAGGGUUGACGCUGGACACUCCAAAGGGUCAGAAGUUCGUGGAGGGUCAAGUCCUGAGGACCCCGGAGGGCGACAAGUUCUUCCCAGGGCGAACCAAGCUGUCCAAAGAGGGCUUCGAGUUCGCAGCUGCCAGCAAGUUCGACGAAGUGGUGUUCCACGAUGCGGGACCGGUUGGUAUACCCGUGGACCCCAAAACAGCCAACGUAUCUUCCUCUCAGCAGACGGAGAUCUUUGGCCACAUGGUACAGACAGAGAGGGGCGUGGAGUUCUAUCCAGAGGAUGCCAAGAAACUCCCGGAAGGGAAGAGGAUCGUUCCGGGUCAACUGGUGCGAGGUGGAAAGGAUGGUCCGCGUUUCGUACCAGGCGUGAUGACCGAGGACGGCUUUCUGCCUGGUCAGAUCGUAAUGACCGAGAAGGGCGAGCAAUUCGUGCCUGGCCAGGUGAUAGACACCAGCACCGGGCCCAAGUUCGUCCCGGGCCAAAUGGUGGAGACUCGAACAGGCGCCAAGUUCGUUCCUGGUCAGACGGUGGACACUGCUGACGGUCCACGGUUUGUACCGGGUCAGAUCGUCGAGACCAAAGUGGGUCCCACGUUUAUCCCCGGUCAAGUGAUCUCCACGGAGGACGAGGGGUCUAGAUUCGUGCCUGGCCAGGUGGUGGACACUCCGGACGGUCCCAGGUUCGUGCCAGGUCGCGUCGUAGAGUCUGGAGAGCUAGGAGUGACCUUCGUGCCUGGUCAGAUAGUCCAAACCGAGGAGGGACCGCGGUUUGUAGCUCCAGACUUAACAGACACCCCAGAAGGAGAGGUAGAGUUCUCUGUGCAAGGGUUCGAAGUCACUCCCGAGGAGCUACGGUUGCUGAGACCUCAGCAUCUUCAUUAUAAUCCUCACGUCCAACAUCAGGGUGAGACCAGCAUCGACGCUAGGAUGCUCAGACAAUUAUCCGAGGCGGGAUUAUCGGUUGGAAGAAAAGUCUCCAACGAUUUGCCUGCUGUGGACGUUGACGUGGACCCGAAAGCUGUAGCUUUGGAACACGCUUUGGUAAUGGCGGAGAAGCUUGGACUGCACGGCGGCACAGCGGUGAAGAUGGCGCAGAUAGUGUCCACUGUUGAUCAGCUGGCAAAGAACAUCGCUGCUCAACAGGAGCUCGAGGAAUACCAAGGGACUUCUAACUUGAUCAAUGGCGUAAAAUCUCCAAUUGCAAAGUCUGAUCGCACGGAAGAGCAGCAGGGUAAUGGCAACAGCAACAACGACUGGCUCAGAGACGCCAUAAAGACCGCAAUGUCCAGCGCUGUUCUAGCGAUUACCACCCAAUCUAUGGACAUCAACGACAUCAAACAGGACUUUGUUUAUUCCUGCAUCAGCGAGGCCCUCAACGUCCUCCUGCGCCAGAAGAACACCAGCAUCGAGGAGUCCGUGGAGGAGAUCCUCCAGAUACUCUUGGUCCCCCAGAACAGAAGCAGCCUCUGUCACUCGGCUUUGUUGGAGCUGAUAGACAACAAAAACAACAAAGUGGAUAUCCUCAAGUCCACCGUCGUUGGUCGUUCCUUGAAGGACGACGUGGUCCUGGACAGACUGUCCAUGGUCCUCGAAGAGGAGACUGGAACCGACCUGGUCGGUCCAGCGUUCAGAACAGUCUCCAAGAACGACUCUGAACUGGUCUCUCGAGUGCUCCAAAAGGUCUCCGAAGAGGUGGACACGAUCGCUACGGAAAAGGAGGCGAUCGACACGGUCCACAGAGCGAUCGUCCACGCUGUCAGGGAGUCCAGCGAGAUCCGGGUGCAGGAGCUGCUCGACGACGACGGUGAGAACGUCAGAGAGAUGCUUCUUCAGGCUGUAGGGCUGGCCAGGGCUCUCGGUAUGUCGGGUACUGCUAACAGUCUUCUAGCGGUGGUCAGCGACGAGAAAUCAACGCGAGUUUUAGCCAGCGACAGAGUGACUCUGGACGUCCUCAGAAGGUUGACGGUGAUGAGGAAACUAGCCGAGGAGAGGCCACCAUUCAUGAACGUCCUUGGACAGCUAUGCAGCGACCCUGAAUUGGCGAGGACCGAUCCACGACUGAGGACCCUCGUUCGAGAGAGCGCAGCCCUGAUGAUCGUCCCCGAAGAGGCACCUCUGCAAUCGUCCGCGGACGUGCCAACCGCUUUGCUGCACUCCGACAACAGUCUCGCAAUGGAGGAGUUCCUCCUGAGAAGAAGCCACAAACCCUCGAGCAUCUUCAUGAUUCUCAAACAGGGAAUACAAGCUGUUGUUCCCAGAGAAGCCUCCAGGUCUGUUCUGACCGGUCAGGUGGCAUACACGGUUCUCGACGAAGAUGGAAUCCACUAUUUCGAACCUCUUCACGUCUUCUCGGCGCUCAGACUCAACCGUCCCACCGCCCAUCGGUUCUCCAUGUACUGUUGCCCAGUCGCCAAAGAGGAGGACGUGGACAUCGAGAUCCUGUCCACGUUCACGGGUACCACCUCCAUCGGCAGUAGCCUGGACGGAUCUGGUAACGGAACGUACCAGAGGCAGGAAAGCAACGGCGUCGUUAUGUCGAGGUCGGAUCGAUCUCGUGGGUAUUCUGCCAGCAGAGAGAACACACCUAGUCUGAGAAGAUUGAGCAACUUCCAGCAAGACAAUAGCUGUGAGCGGAAGUCCUUGGACAACUAUAUCGUCGUGAAGGAUUACAAGAGCGAGACGGAUGGGUUCGCGGUGAACGUCGGCGACAUCGUCGAGGCCCUCGAAUAUGCCGAUCCAGCCAAGAAGAUCAAGCUGGAUCCUGAUCUGGACGUCGGCGGGGAGAUCGCCGAUAUGCUGGACAACGCGGCCGCGUGGCACAAAUUGUCGGUUCGACCGCGCAGAAAGCACGCAGAUCCCCGUGCUCGGAACAUUGCGAGAUCGAGUUCCGACACCAGCCUUCUGAGAGUGUACGUUCGUACAGCUGAUUCAAGGGAAGGAUGGCUACCGAUGUUCAUCCUCAUGCAAACCGCCCUCAGCGAGGACUCGGCGGUCGGUCACAAACCCGAGGACUCGCAUUUUCGACGAGAGGCGGUGGUGAAAGAGCUGGUCGAGACCGAGGAAGAAUUCGGCAGGGAUCUGCAAAUGGUCGUCGAACGUUACUUGAAGCCACUCGACAAUCCGGACGUGCCGCGAGUCGUGCGCGACAACAAAGACAUCAUCUUCACGAACCUGAAACAAAUCGCGGAUUUCCACAACACAUCGUUCGGCAGGGUGUUGAUCGAGGGUGUCAAGUACUAUGCGGAUCAGCCACGCAUGCUCGGCAAGACUUUCCUACGACUGGAAAGGGACUUCGACAAGCACGUGGCUUACUGCAGGGACGAACCAGGUGCCCAAGAGUUCCUGCAGAUGAACGACGCCGUACGAGAAUACUUUGAGGAGCUGAGCCAGACUCUCCGUGACGACAAAAGUCUAUCGGAACACUUGAAGCUUCCGAUACAACGCAUAAACGACUACCAGCUCCUGCUCAAGGAGCUGGUGAAGUAUUCGACCCGACUAGGCGAAAACUGCGACGACCUCCAAAAGGCUUUGGAGUUGAUGCUAGGUAUCCCUCACAGGGCAACGGAUAAUAAAUUCAUAAGUAAUAUCGAAGGAUACAAAGGGAACAUACACAAGCUUGGCAGAUUACUCACGCACGAGUGGUACACGGUGAUCGACAAGGACGGCAAGAGCAAGGAAAGGUACUUGUUUCUUUUUAAAGCUCGUAUACUCGUCUGCAAGGUCAGACGAAUAUCGGAAGACAGAUCAGUUUUCGUCCUGAAAGAUAUUAUUCGACUGCCGGAAGUGGAGGUGAAGGAUCAUCCGGAGGAUCUACGAACCUUCGAGCUACACUGUCCAACGAAUCCUGCGUACCCGAUCACUUUGGUAGCGCAUAAGGAUCCUGUGAAAGUCUGCUGGCUUAAGGAAAUCCGACAGCACGCAAGCGACGUGGUGGCGCUCGCAGAACACGCUGCGGACGAUUUGCAGUUAACCGAGUUGCCAGAAACGAAGGAGGAGAUCAAAGGAAACCCAGGAAAUCCAGGAAACCCGGGUCCUAAGAAAGAAGGGAACCCAGGACCCGAAGAGAAGGCGGCGGAGAAGAGGAAAGAGGGCAACCCUGACAAUCCAGGGAAUCCAGGAAACCCAGACAGCAAGAAAGCAAAGGUUGAGGAGGAGGGCGCAGACAUGUCUCGAAGAUACUCUGCAAGUCGAUACAGCAGCUCUUCCAAAGUUGUGGAAGAGUACUCCUCGGUGUCUAGCAGCCGCAAUGGCACGACCGCGUUCAUGGAGUCGUCCAGCAGCGCGAUGAAGAUGGAAAGCUCGAGUUCCUACCAAGCUGGCGGUGCAGCUUCGGUGGAAACCAGGUCGAACGUGGGGAGGAUCACCGAGGGCGGGAUAGGAAAGCCUACGUUCGUAAAAACCCUCGAAGGCAGCAACGUCGAACCGAUACCAGAAAAUAACGUGGCACUGAUACACGCCGUAGCCGGAGAAAUGGCCACUUUCGAGUGCACCCUGUUGCAAACCGACUCGACUACGAUGGUGCAAUGGUUGAAGGACAACAAACCGUUGGAAGACAGACUGGCCGAUCGCGUAACAGCAUCCGCGGUUGGAAAAACCUUCAAACUCACGCUUCAAAAUGUCCUCGAGUCGGAUUCCGGUAUCUACAUCGCCCGGGCCAUGAACAGCGACGGUCAAUCCACUUGUACAGCCCAGCUUAUCGUGCAACAACUGACCGCGGAGGAAAAGAAAGCCAGGGCGGAAGCUAACGCGCCCAUCUUCUUGGUACGGCUCAAGGACACCGAACUGUUGGAGAACACCUACUUGCGUUUCAUGGUAAAAGUAAAAGGAGACCCGAAUCCUGACAUGAAAUUCUACAAGGACGACGCUUUGAUCGACGCGAACCAUUCGCGUAUAAAAGUCAUCGCCGAACAAGCCGACAAAGGCUUCUACGAGCUGGUGAUCGCGGACGUGCAGAAGCAAGACGCUGGCAAAUACUCCUGCACGGCGAAAAAUCGAUACGGUGAAGCAUCCUGCGAAGCACAGGUCACCGUCACGGAAGAGAAGAUGCUCUAUUUCCCGGAAGGCGUCCUCGAGCCUGGUAUGGAGCCCCAGUUCACCUGGUUACGCGAUGGAAGACCGUUCGAUCCCGAGGAACGAUUCAAGGUGCUCUUCCAGGACAACGAGGACACUUUGGCGUUGGUGUUCCAACACGUUAGACCCGAGGAUGCUGGUCUCUACACGUGCGUCGCCCAGACUAGCACAGGCAAUAUCAGCUGCAGCGCGGAGUUGACGGUCCAAGGGGCGGUGAACCAGUUGAUGAAGGACCCGGAGAGGCCAAAGCUCGCUUCGGAAGCAAGACAUUCGGAAGUGAGCGCCGGCGGGUCGGCGAUGUUGGAGCUUCAGAUCAGAGGUUACCCGAAGCCUGACAUCAAGUGGACGAAGGACGGUAAGGAGAUCGUCGCUGGUGGAAGGUACAAGUACCUUUGGGAGGACGAGGAGUCCAUGUCUCUGGUGAUCAAAAACGUCACGGCGAAGGACGCUGGCAUCUACUUGAUCAGAGCUAAGAACGAGCUGGGCGAGGAUACCACGCAGAUCGAAUUGAUCGUCAAGUCCGCGCCGAAGGUCAUCAAGAAACAGACGGACUUAACGGCCAUCGUGGACGAAACGAUGACUAUGACUCUGCAGAUCGAAGCUACACCUUUGCCCGAGGUGAAAUGGUACAAGGACGGCCAAGAGAUCACAGAGAACAAUCGUAUAAGCAUCGUCAAAGAAGAGAACGAUAUGUACAAGCUCGUUAUAAAGAAUGCUCGAUUGGAGGACGCGGGAUCCUACUCGAUCGUCGCCCGUAACGACGUGAAUCAAACGACAGAGAUAUGGAAAGUGAGGGUGAUCAGUCCGCCCAAGAUCAAGAAGGGACUGGGCGAACCACAGGUCCUCAGCGAGGCUGAUACUCUAACGCUAUUCGUGGAAGUUGAAUCCCAAGUGCCAGCUAACGUCAAAUGGUACAGGGAUGGACAGGUCGUCGUGCAGGAUACUCGUAUCAAGAUACUCAGAGAAGGAAACAGGUUUGGUCUGAAGAUCAUGGGUGCACUGGGAGAGGACGCGGGUGUCUACAAAGCGGAAGUCACUUCCGAACACGGUGUGGUGUCGGAUGAAACCAAGAUUCAGGUACGAGGUGUCCCGAGAUUCAAAACGAAGAUGAGCGACGUGACGGUGAACGAGGGAGACUCGAACAUAGAGUUCCUCGUGGAGGUAGAUGGCUUCCCGAAACCGAGCGUCCACUGGUAUAUCGGCGACGUGGAGAUUACAGAGAAGCGCAAAGAGUUCACUCGCACCGAGGAUGGCGAUUUUUGCAAACUGCAGAUCUCUACCGCCAAGACCGAAUUGAAAGGGACGUACACGUGCAUGGUGAAAAACGAGUACGGCGAGACCAAAAGCAGCUCGACGCUGACGGUGAAAACCAGGCCCAGACUGAUAAAGAAGCUGUCCGACCAAAGGAUCAAGGAAGGCGAUACCUUGAAGUUGAUAUUCGAAGUGGCUGGCACGCCAGAUCCCGAGGUGAAAUGGUUCAAGGACGGCCAGGAGGUGUCCACGGACGCUAGGAUCAAGAUCACGAGGGACAGCAAACGUCAGGAGAGCUACGACCUAACGGUGACGUUGGUUAAGGGCUCCGACGGAGGUGUCUACGAGGUUCGAGCCGAGAACGAGCUCGGCUACGUCACCAGCAAGAGCAAGGUCAUCGUGAUGACGAAAACGGAGGAGAGCGUCGAGGAAAAGACACAGACGAUCGAGAAGAUCACGGUAGAGGAAGAGGAGACGAUGGUGCAGAAAGUCGAGGAGGAGGACGUCGGCGCGAAGGUGCAACAGGCGGAGGAAUCGGGACCGGAAGGUCGAGUGAAACUGGAGACACAAAACGUCCAAGUAACGCGGGGCCAGGGUGACACGAUUACGAUCUCAGUGGCCUCCACGACGACCCACGAAGCUAUCCUCACAGGUCCCGAUGAGAGCCACACGAUCAGCAAGAUGACCGCGACAAAGGUCGAGUGCCAGGAGAUGCACUCCGACGGUCCUCGCGUCGAGGAGAUCGGUUCGUACAGUUACACCGUGCAGGAGGAGACCGUCCAGAAGCCUCAGAACGGUGUACUGAUCGAGGAGUUCUCGGAGGCUAGCGAGGAUAACAGAACGAAGCUCCAGGUGAACCGCGGCGUGUCGAUCGUCUCGGUGUCCGACGAUGAGUCGACGUUGAAAGGCAUCUCCAGGGACGUGAGCACCGACGACAUGCAGUGCGCGGAAUUGACGGAUGAUCUGAAGCUGACGAACGGAUCCUACGAGGAGCUCAAUGGGAACGGGAUCGAGGAAAGGACCCUGGAGGACGCGAGACCCUACAGAGGCACUCUGCUGGCGGAGACCAUAAUCGAGGAACGAUCGCUGGAGGAGUCGCCGUCGGAGAAGUCGAGCCAAGAGACGGUGCAACAGUCCAGAGUCGCUGUGCUCGAGGAUUCGGGUCUCUCCAAGCACAGCUUGAAGAUUAAAAGAGGAUCGUUGUCCGAGCAGGCGGUCGAGACGACGCUGGAUCAGCCGCAGACGCCCACGAUCGAGGAGAGCAAGCUGACGAAAGAGAGUAUGAAGAUCGAACGCGUCGACUCGAUCGCGGAGGAACGUCGAGCGUCCGUUCAGAACGGCCUGUCGAGGCAGAGCUCCAAGCUAGAGAGAAUGGACUCCAGAGAGUCGAUCAGAUCGACGUCGAGGCAGAAUUCGUUGAAGGCUGCCCUCAGCGGCGACGAGGAGGCCGACGAGGAGCUCGAGGCUCUCCUGAGCCGCGUGAAACGUCAGCGAAGCGUGCUCGACGAUAUCCUUGAAAAGGAAUCUAACAGAGACUCAGCGCCGCCUCACAUCCUCAGCGCGACUCUCUCCGAUCGAACGAUCUACGAGAGCCAGAAGGUCCUGUUCGAGAUCAAGGCCACGGGUUUGCCGAGGCCGGAUGCCAAAUGGUUCAAGGAUGGGAAACCCCUGAGAUCCGGGGAUCGUAUCAGGAUCGCAGCUUCCGGCGAACUCUACUCGUUGGAGCUGAGCAAAGCGACGCUGGAAGACGAGGGCAUCUACUCGUGCAUGCUUACCAACAAACUCGGCGAGGACACCUCGGAAGGGUACCUGGAGGUUGGCACGAUCGACGAACUUCGCAGGCCCAAGUUCCUCCAACCUCUGAACGACGUGGACGUGGCCAAAGGAAAGUCUGGGGAAUUCAAGGCCACGUUCACAGCGGAUCCUAUUCCUGACAUGGCAUGGUACUUCAUGGGUGAAGAAAUCUCGACCGACGACAGCCGGCUGAAACGCACCGUGGAGAACAAACCAGCAGCGGACAAACUGACCGAGACCACGGUUACUCUGGGUGUGCCUAAGUGCGCGAAAGGAGACACCGGCGAGUACACGCUAAAAUUGAAGAACAAGUACGGCGAGGCAGAGUCUAGCGCUUUCCUGAACCUGUUACUGCGCCCGGAGAUCGAAGAAUUCGAAGACGCCACUGCACCCGUCGGGGACUCGCUCGAAUGGGAAGUAAUCGUCAAGGGGAACCCGAGACCGGACAUCACGUGGACGAUGAAUGGCCAGGUUCUGGAAAAGGGAGACAGGUUCGAUUUCAUGGAGGACAAACGCAACAACAAAUUCACGCUCAUCAUCAAGAGCGUCGAGGUAGAGGACGGUGGAGUUUAUACUCUCCAUGUUAAGAAUUACCUCGGUGAAGCUACUGCGGAGGCAAAGCUAACGCCGCACACCGAGACACCGACCUUCCUGAAGGAGCUCGCCAGCGUCGAGUGCAAGGACCGCGAGGACAUAGAGAUGAAGAUCCGCGUGACCGGUAUCCCGAAGCCAACGGUCGUCUGGUUGCAAGACAACGAGGUGAUCAGGGAAGACAGCCGUCAUGAGAUAACCACCACCACAGAAGGCACUGUGGACAGCACCUACUCCAUCAAAACGUUCUCCCAGAGCGACGUUGGCACCAUAAAGUGUCAAGCGACGAACGUCGCUGGCAGCUCGCAAUCGGCUUGCCAAUUGAAGAUGAAAAUGAUCACGCCCACGUUUGGACAAACUCUGCCAAGGUCGACGGAGGUCGACGAAGGCGAACCUCUGGUGCUUAAAGCUAUGAUAGACGGCAGCCCUGCUCCUGAAGUUUCCUGGUUCAAGGACGGGGAGAAGAUCGUUCCGGACGAGCACGUGAAGCUCGAGACGCUUCCCGACGGCACCACCAAGCUCACGAUCGACAACGUCAAACCGACGGAUUGCGGAGCUUACAAGCUCGUCAUCUCCAACUCCACCGGCGAGCACGCUUCGUUGUGCGCCGUCGCGAUCAAACCUGAGAGAAAGAGACCAUCUUUCUCGAAACCGUUGGAGGACAUCAAGGCGAUCGUGGGACAACCAUUGAAAUUAGAAGCCCAAGUAGUCGCCUUCCCGAAUCCACAGGUGCAAUGGUUCAAGGAUGGUAUACCGUUGCGACAGGCCAAGGAGAUAUUCUUCAUGAACGAACCGAACGGUCUGAUCGGUCUGAGGAUCGACAGCGCUCGCCCGGAAGAUGCUGGCACUUAUUCGAUGACUGUCUCCAACUCGCUCGGCGAGAUCACUGGCACUGCAAAGAUCGAGGUCGAGGAGAAAGAGAAACGACCAGAGUUCGUCGGUAGUCUUCAACCCCUAACCGUGGUUGAAGGCUUCCCGGUGAAGAUGGAGGUCAAAGUUCUGGGUAAACCGGCACCGGCGCUUCAAUGGUUCAAGAACGGAGAGGAGAUCAUACCCGAUGGACACCGUAUAAAGACCGUCGGUCUGCCCGAUGGAAGCCAAGCGCUGAUCAUCGAAAGAGCCACGCCAGAGGAUGCAGCCGACUACCAGGUCGUAGCAAGCAACACGGAGGGUACAGCCUCGUGCAAAGGAACCAUCAGCAUAAUGAACAAACUCCAGCCCGACGUCGCGGAGGAGAAGCCAACAUUCGUCAAUCCAAUGCGAGACGCGAACGUCGAGGAGGGUCAACCAUUGAAUCUCUCCGCCUCGUUCGUGGGCAACCCGAUACCGGAAGUGAGCUGGACCAAGAAUGGCACGCCUGUGCAACCCUCCGAGCGCGUUACCAUCACCUGCGACGGAAAGAAGACGGAAUUGGAGAUCAAUCCCUCCGAGCCCAAGGACGCCGGUGUCUACGAGUGUCGCGUGACGAAUCCACUGGGUCAGGACACUGCCAAGGCGACGGCCAGCGUCAGAAACAUCUUCCAGACGCCGAGCUUCACGCAGAAGUUCACCGACCUCCAGCAGCUGCCGUCGUUCGACGCGAAAUUCCCAGCGCGCGUCACCGGCGUCCCGCGGCCAGACAUCACCUGGUACUUCAACGACAAACCGAUCUUGAAGGACGACGACAAGUACAAGAUCAAGCGCGAUGGCGACGCUUGCUGCUUGUACGUGAAGGACUGCACGUACGGGGACGCUGGCACUUACAAGUGCAGGGCGAGCAACAGAAGCGGCGAGGCGGAAUGCGCGGCCAAUUUGGCCGUGGUCGACAAGAUAGGAAAGAUGCAGAAGAUCGAGCCUCCGUCGUUCUUGAAGAGGAUCGGCGAUUGCGAGGUGUACAGAGGAAUGCCAGCGAAAUUCACAGCCUGCAUCACUGGCUACCCGGAGCCCGACUUCGAGUGGUACCGCAACGGGGACAGACUGUGGCAGACCGACAGAAUCAGGAUGGACCAAGAGGGCAGCCUGCUGCGUUUGACGAUAGCCAAUAUCGACGAAUUGGACGCGGGCAAAUACGUGCUGAAGAUAGUGAAUCCUCAUGGCGAGGACUCCUGCAGCGCGGAAUUGAUUUACGAAUCUCUGGAGCCACGCGCGAAGAAACCACUGGCGGACCAGUACGCGGACUUCGACAAGUACCGCAAGUCCGGCGUUCCGUUGCCUUUGGCCGACCGUCCCAUCAUCAGCAGGAUGAUGGAUCGUCAUCUGACGUUGUCCUGGAAACCGUCCAUCCCCAUAGGUCCCCGUAUCCCCGUGACGUAUCAAGUGGAGAUGUGCGAGUUGCCCGACGGCGAUUGGUUCACCGCCCGGUCAGGCGUCCGUAGCUGCGUCUGCGACAUCCGCAACCUAGAGCCGUUCAGGGACUACAAGUUCCGUAUCCGCGUGGAGAACAAGUACGGUAUCAGCGAUCCGUCGCCGUUCGCGCAAACGUACCGCGCCAAACUGGAACCAGACCCGCCGAAAUUCUUCCCCUAUCUGCCCCCUGGCAUCGACUUCCGUCCCGAGACCAGCCCCUACUUCCCCAAAGACUUCGACAUCGAGAGACCGCCUCACGACGGCUACGCUCAGGCGCCCAGAUUCCUUCGUCAAGAGUACGACACCCAGUACGGCGUCAAACACCACAAUUGCAGUCUGUUCUGGUUCGUCUACGGCUACCCGAAACCGAGGAUGACGUACUACUUCAACGAUCAGCCGAUAGAGUCGGGCGGCAGAUACGAUCAAAGUUACACGAGGAACGGGCAAGCCACGUUAUUCAUCAACAGGAUGCUGGAGAGGGACGAGGGUUUCUACGAGGCCGUAGCCACCAACGAGCACGGCGAAGCCAGGCAAAGGGUUUAUCUGAAGAUCGCCGAGUACCCGUCGUUCAUCCAGCGACCGGAAGAGGUGAUCGUCAUGGUACGUAGAAUCGGACAGCUGGUGGCUCGCGUCACCGGUGUACCUUUCCCGGACAUCAAAUGGUACAAGGACUGGAAGCCUCUCACCUCAUCCUCGAGAAUAAGGAUCGAGUUCACCGAGCCGGACAUUUCCAUUCUGAUCAUCAACGAUGCCAUCGUGAAGGACGAGGGUCUCUACUCGAUCAGCGCCGGGAACGUGGCGGGUUCGAUCUCCUGUUCCGUGAUGCUGCACGUGGAGGAGAACGAGCACGAGUACGGUUACAGAACGUACAAGAGGAAGUCGGACAUCAGAACGCGACACGACAAACCGUACCAGGACUACUACGACCUGGGCGACGAGCUUGGCCGCGGUACCCAAGGCGUCACCUAUCACGCAGUCGAGAGGUGCACCGGAAGGAACUAUGCGGCCAAGGUCAUGCACGGGAAAGGAGAGAUCAGGCCUUACAUGUACAACGAGAUGGAGAUCAUGAACAACUUGAAUCACAGGAAACUAUUGCGGCUGCACGACGCGUACGAAGACGAUCAGACAGUCACGCUCAUCAUGGAACUAGCUGCUGGUGGCGAGCUGGUGGACAUACUGACCAGACAGGCGUUCUACACCGAAACAGAGAUCUCUGGUUAUAUUCGACAGCUGCUGUGGGGAUUGGAAUACAUGCACGAUAACCACUUCGCUCAUCUUGGACUGACGCUGGGAGACCUAUUGAUCUCGCAUACCGGAGGCGACGACCUGAAGAUCUGCGACUUCGGACUCGCCAGAAGAAUCUCGCAGACGAGGCUGAUGACCCUGGCAUACGGAAUGCCCGAAUACGUGGCGCCGGAAGUGACCAACAACGAGGGAGUGUCGUUUAGCACGGACAUGUGGUCCGUCGGUAUCAUCACGUAUAUACUGCUCUCUGGUAUUUCACCCUUCAGAGGAUUUAGCGACAAGGAGACGCUGAUGAGGAUCAGAGAAGGGAAAUGGGAGUUCGAUGAUCGUUGGAGUAACAUCACGGAGGAGGGCAAAGACUUCAUUCGUUCGUUGCUGAUGUACAACUGCGACAGGAGGAUGGACGUCAAGGCUGCCCUUACUCAUCCCUGGAUAACUUACGCGGACAGAUCUCCCACCGAUUUCUACAAAAUUCCGUCUGAGAACUUGAAGAAUUAUUAUAAACUCUAUCGCGACUGGUACAACAACGCGUCCUGUCGCACAUGGUUCCGUAGACGCAAGUUGGAGACAGCCUUCGAACAUCCAUCCAGGAUGGUUUAUCCGCCUGGUCAUAAAUAUACCCCUGAACCCAGCGACGACCGAACAUACAGUCCACUGAAGAAACCUUUGGUCAAACCAUGGGACAAUCAGUAUCCUUCGAGGGAACCCAUUGACACGGAGAUCGGAAUCAUUAAGAGCGAAAGCCACUAUCAAAAUGGACCAGACACGUAUCUCCUACAACUUCGUGACACCAGCUUCCCCGUGCGUCUGCGCGAGUACAUGAAGGUUGCAUGCGAUCGCAGUCCAGGAUUCUCUCGCACGAUCACCGACGAGAACUUCGACUGGAGGGCACCCAUCAUACGGGAGCGACGUCGUUUCACGGACGUGAUGGACGAAGAGAUCGACGACGAGAGGCGUGCCAGGAUCAACAGAUACGGAUCGCCGGACAACUUCACGCUGAGACGUUUGAAACACGAAUUGGGAACGCGACUGGACAGCUACGCGGAGGCGGAGGCGAUGCUGGAGUCGAAGAAAGAGGGACACUUGCCGUUCUUCCGGGAAAAGCCGCAGAUACGUCCGAUAGAGGAGGGCAAACCUGCUCAGUUGGUGUGCCUGGCGGUUGGCAGUCCCAAGCCGAUGAUCCAGUGGUACAAAAAUGAUAUAAUGAUUCAAGAAACCAACAGGAUAAAGGUCACCGAGGACAAGGACGGCAGGUCUAUACUCAGCUUCGAUCAGACCAAGGAACACGACGUGGGCAGCUACAAAGUUGUCGCGAGAAACCCGUUGGGACAGACGGUUGUCAGGUGCAGAUUGGUGGAAGCGGUUGUUCCAUCGGGUCCAGACUCGCCCGAGGUAUCUGAUCUGUCGGACAACGAAAUACUGUUAAGAUGGAAGCAACCGAAAUACGAUGGUAACUCUCCGGUGUUGUGCUACAACCUUCAAAUACGGGAUGGCGAUUCCAUCGAUUGGAUAGACCUCGCCUCGAACAUCGAUCACGAGUUCUUCUUGGUCAGAGACUUGAAGCCGGACACGAGUUACAACUUCCGUCUGGCGGCGCGUAAUCGGAUCGGUUGGAGCGAGAAAGGCAUCCCUUCUAAGCUGAUAAAGACCAGGCCAACCGGUUGCCCGAAAGUUCAGAUAACCAGAGCUAUGAGGCAUCUGCAAGAACUGACGGAAGCCGGGCAAGAGAUAAUGCUGGAAGAGGACAAACCGCACAUGGACUAUACCAUCGAGGAUCACCCUAUCGAAUGGUCGACCGAGACCAAUCUCUCGAGCAAGUACAGCUUCAUCUCGGAGAUCCAUAGGGGCGAAUUCUGUGCCGUUGUGAAAGGCGUCGAUAAAGCCUCGGACCGUGUAAUAGUCGCGAAGAUCUUGGAGCUGAACGCGAACACGGAGAAACAGGUGAACAGGGAGUUCGAGGCACUCCGUUCGUUGAGACACGAGAGGAUAGCGUUGUUGGAAACGGCGUACAAGGCGCCAGGCUCACCCGUCGCUAUGUUCGUCCUGGAGAAGCUGCAGGGCGCCGACAUUCUCACCUACUUCUCGAGCAGACACGAGUACUCGGAGAAUUGCGUGGCCACGGCCAUCUCGCAGAUCUUGGACGGUUUGCAGUACCUUCACUGGCGAGGAUACUCUCACCUCGAUAUACAGCCGGACAACGUGGUGAUGUCCACCGUUAGAUCGGUUCAAAUCAAACUGGUCGACAUGGGUUCCGCUCGGUUCGUGAGCAAGUUGGGUACUUCGGUGCCGAAACUCGGUCAUCCCGAUUACAGAGCGCCUGAGGUAUAUAACGAGGAACCGGCACAUCCUCAAACAGACGUAUGGAUGGUGGGUGUCUUGAUGUACGUUCUACUGUCCGGUAUCCCGCCCUUCCGUGGUAAGGAUCCCGAUGAAACCAGACAGAAUAUCUUGUUCGUGAGAUACAGAUUCGAACACCUCUUCAAGGAACUGAGUCAAGAGGCUACCAGAUUCCUUAUGUUGCUGUUCAAACGAGCACCCAGCAAAAGACCACUGGUAGAAGAGUGCCACGAACACAGGUGGCUCCAAUUAUCAGACUUUAUGAUUAAGAAACGCGAGAGAGCCGUGUUCUUAGGCAACAGACUGAAAGAAUACAACGAAGAGUACCACGAAGAAAAGUCGAAAUUAGCAUCGCAGAGUCAAAGUUUAGCGAGCGAAAGCCUGUUAGGUUCCACGCAAAAGCUUAUCAGAUCGACUAGCAUACAAGAAGAACUGCUCACCACGUUCUAACGGAUAAGCUACGAUUAAGCAACGAUUUUCCAAUUUUUCUUUACCUUAUGUGACUGUAAAAUUUCACGCAGAUAUCUAGUCAGUCUCGUGGAGAGCAAGGGAAAGUAACCGAACGGAGUUGCGGUAAACGUGCAAGAGCUUUCUUUUCUUGUUCUCUUUUUUGUUAUUAUUUAUUUGUUACAACUUUUAAUUAUUUUAACAAAUACCAACAUCUGGUCAUAUGUUACUCCAACGAUCUACGAGUAAAGAAAGAGAAAGUAAUCGAUCUAUCGGUAUUUGAACGUAACGUAAGAUACACCACGUUUUAACGAAUCAAGGUACAAACCGAACCCUUCGAAAUUGUACAAAAACGAUGAUUAUAUUCUAAUAAAAUCACCAAUAAAUACUAAAUAAUAAAA